UAGAACCAAAGAAGGAGAAAUAGAUUUUUUGCUCGACCCAGAAAAAGACGAAAGUAGCCUCAAAGAAUUGAAUCACAGAAAACACGCCACGAAAAUUAUCCCCCUGCAACUUGCACUCUCUUCUUCUCGUCUCUGCUUCCCUUAUUUCCCGAGAGAGAGAAAGCUCAACACCGAACCCAGAAACUAGAGAGAAAACUUUUGAAUGGGGAAGAAGUGUGAUUUAUGCGACGGUGUUGCAAGAAUGUAUUGCGAAUCAGAUCAGGCGAGUCUAUGCUGGGACUGCGACGGUAAAGUUCACGGCGCUAAUUUCCUUGUCGCUAAGCACACGCGAUGUCUUCUCUGCAGCGCCUGCCAAUCACCUACGCCUUGGAAAGCCUCUGGGCUUCGCCUCGGCCCAACCUUCUCCGUCUGCGAUUCCUGCGUCGCUCUUAAAACCGCCGCCGCCGGAGACGGUGGAGGCGGCGGUGUGAGCACCGACCGGAUUUUGAUGGAGAAUCGAGGUCAGGAGAUCAGCGGUUUCGAUCACGAAGAGGAUCGGCUCAGAGAAUACGACGGUGACGGCGCGGAAUCUUACGAUGACGAUGAGGAUGAAGAUGAGGAUGAGGAAUACAGUGAUGAAGAUGAAGAUGAAGAUGAAGAUGAUGUUGACGAUGAGGAAGCGGAGAAUCAAGUGGUACCGUUGGCUGCGGCGGCGCAACCGCCUCCGGCGAUGAGUUCUUCAUCUUCUAGUGGAGAUCUGGCGGCGAAGAGGACAAGGGACUGCUAUGAUGACGAGAUCGGAUACCAUUCAGCUCAAGAGUCAGAUUAUUCUCGGCCGUUGAAGCGACCGUCAAGAGACGAACUCGCGUUUAAAUCAACGGCUAUCACCAGACUAGAAGGAGGGAUCACAUCGAACGCCGCCGUUGAUUCAUCUCCUUCGUCGUCUUCUCUGAUUUUUGCGAUCGCCAAAAUGAGGAGAGAUCUCAACCGUUGAUUUUGUCUUUCCAUUUGAUAAAUCACCACCGUCCAUUUCUAACCAUACUUGUUUUAGUCUUGAGUUAGUAUUUCUUUGAUCCCUAUGUCGUACAAAAAUCAAUUUUAAACGUUGUAUUUAACCUUUUAAUAUCAUUAUUCUGCUGAUUUUUUUUCUCUCUUAAGUGGUUAAGUUUGGCUUCAUAUGUAAUUAAAUGCUUAUUAGAUCCGAAUUGCAUCAUUGAUA